CUGCCUAGCUCUGCUCACGACACUCGACUUGGGUGCCACAGCACACCGGCUUGAUCUUGCUAGAUUGCCAGACAACCGCCAUGUCUCCCACGAUCUCAUCUUCGCUCUGCACGGUCGCCGCCCUGUCCGGCCGGCCGGGCCGUCGUGCCGGCCAGCCGGGAGGCAACAAGCGGGCCGUAGCGCAGCCUCUCGCGGCUGCCGCCGUCACGGAGGCGCCGCCGGCGGUCAUAGCCCCGCCGCCACGCCCGGUCGUCAGCGCUCCGCGGCGCCGUGGUGGGCGCGGCGUGGACGGUGGCGCCGACGAGCUGGUGGCGUGGAAGAGCAUCCGGCAGGAGAGGUGGGAGGGCGCGCUGGAAGUGGAGGGAAAGCUCCCUACGUGGCUGGAUGGCACGUACCUGAGGAACGGUCCGGGCCUAUGGGACCUCGGGGACUACGGCUUCCGCCACCUGUUCGACGGCUACGCCACGCUGGUACGCGUCUCGUUCCGCGACGGCCACGCCGUGGGAGCGCACCGGCAGAUCGAGUCGGAGGCGUACAAGGCGGCGCGCCAGCACGGCAAGGUGUGCUACCGCGAGUUCUCGGAGGUGCCCAAGCCGGACAGCUUCAAGUCCUUGGUCGGGCAGCUGGCGAGCCUCUUCUCCGGCAACUCCCUCACCGACAACUCCAACACCGGCGUCGUCAGGCUCGGCGACGGCCGCGUGCUCUGCCUCACGGAGACCGUCAAGGGCUCCAUCGUCGUCGACCCGGACACGUUGGACACGGUGAGCAAGUUCGAGUACGAGGACAAGCUGGGCGGCCUGAUCCACUCGGCACACCCCAUCGUCACCGACACCGAGUUCUGGACGCUGAUUCCGGACCUGAUCCGGCCCGGGUACGUGGUGGCGAGGAUGGACGCUGGGAGCAACGAGAGGCAGUUCGUGGGCAGGGUGGACUGCCGCGGCGGGCCGGCGCCCGGGUGGGUGCACUCCUUCCCCGUCACCGAGAACUACGUGGUCGUGCCGGAGAUGCCGCUCCGGUACUGCGCUGCGAACCUCCUCCGCGCCGAGCCCACGCCGCUGUACAAGUUCCAGUGGCACCUCGAGUCCGGGAGCUACAUGCACGUCAUGUGCAAGGCCAGCGGCAAGAUCGUGGCGAGCGUAGAGGUGCCGCCGUUCGUGACGUUCCACUUCAUCAACGCGUACGAGGAGAAGGACGAGGAGGGUCGUGUGACGGCGAUCAUCGCCGACUGCUGCGAGCACAACGCCGACACCUCCAUCCUUGACAACCUCCGUCUCCACAAUCUCCGGGCAUUUACCGGCGAGGAUGUCCUCACCGAUGCCAGGGUGGGGCGGUUCAGGAUACCGCUGGACGGGAGCCCAUUCGGCGAGCUGGAGGCGGCGCUGGACCCGGAGGAGCACGGCCGCGGCAUGGACAUGUGCAGCAUCAACCCCGCCCACCUCGGCAAGGAGUACCGCUACGCCUACGCCUGCGGCGCGCGCCGGCCGUGCAACUUCCCCAACACGCUCACCAAGAUCGACCUGGUGGAGAAGACGGCCAAGAAUUGGUACGAGGAGGGGGCCGUGCCGUCAGAGCCCUACUUCGUGGCGCGCCCCGGCGCCGUAGAGGAAGACGACGGCGUGGCGAUAUCCAUGGUGAGCGCCAAGGACGGGUCGGGCUACACGCUGGUGCUGGACGCCAAGACCUUCAAGGAGAUUGCCCGGGCCAAGUUCCCCUACGGGCUGCCCUACGGCUUGCACUGCUGCUGGGUGCCCAGGGACAAGUAACACAUACCAGAGUACCAACCGGUGCCAUUGUUUCUCUGCUAGCUUCUCGCAUACAGGGUCAGCGAAUCCAAGUCGGUGGUCGCUAAAAGAAAAGAAAAAGUCUCCAAGUCAGUGGUGCAUACGUGGAUGUUUGUGUCGCUACAAAGAUAGUCAGAUCGCUAGUGGUAGUUUUGUGUAGAAAGGAAGGAAAAAGAUAUACACAUAGACAGAUGUGUGAUGUUUAUAAAGCAGGGCGAGAGCCUUUCUCGAUAAAAGAUGUGCGAUGAUAUUGUAUACACGAAGUGAAACUACAGGGAAGUGUGUACAUAGCCCGGUUCCGAUUAUCAGUGCAUAAGUAAUGCACAAUGUGUAAUGUGUACAUAAUUCGUUAUUGCCAGGUUCAUAGUGUUGUUUACGAGUAUAUGCAA